AAAUAUUCCGAUUUCCUCUACAAUCUUCACUUUUCUGUCUGAGACCGUUACUUCUUCCCAAUCCGUUUGAAAAUCCAUCGCUGCCGAAAUAUACGCAGCCGUCGCUGUCACCGCAGCCGAAAUACACGUGUUUUUAUGCAUUUGUAAACAGAGCUGAGUUUUCCUGGCAUAUUCCUGAAAAUCCGCGGAGAAAUGUCUGGAAGUGUGGUGUUUAGGCGGAAUCGAGCCCUUGGCUAUGUGACUAAUCAUCUUCCGGCGACGGUGAAGUAUAUAAAGAAGAGAAAAGCCAGCGUGGUGGUGACUUGCAUUGGACGUUCGCUUCAUGCGUACGAAAGCCAGCAUUUCCGGCUCAUUUCCGUGGGCAGAAUCCAUCCCGAGGACAUCACGUGUGUAUCCUCAGACAACAGAUACGUCUACUCAGCGAGUGCCAAGAAGAUCUUCGCGUGGAGAUCCGGGAAUCAGUUGCUGCACACCUACGAAGGCCACGGAAGCAAUGUUCAUCUGCUGCUGCCCUUCGGUCAGCAUCUCGUGGCCGUGGACGAGGAGAGUGUGCUGCGGGUGUGGGACAUCGAGGCUGAGAGUGUCCACCUGGAGAUUCCCUUCGCUGCUGACGCGUUCAGGAUCUCAGCGAUCUCGCAUCCGGCGACGUACCUUAACAAAAUCCUUUUGGGCAGCGAACAGGGGCUCCUGCAGUUGUGGAAUAUCAAGAGCGGGAAGCUCGUGCACACCUUCCAGCCACUGGACAGUCGAGUGUUGGUGCUGGAACAGGCUCCGGCAGCGGAUGUCAUGGCAGUGGGACUUCAGAGUGGUGCAAUAAAACUGCUGAAUUUGAAGUUCGACGAGAUGCUGAUGGAGUUCCGCCAGGAUUGGGGUCCAGUGACGGGGAUCUCCUUCCGAACCGAUGGGCAUCCAAUCAUGAUAACAUCCAGUACGAAUGGAGAAGUGGUUUCCUGGGAUCUGGAGAAGAGGAAGAUUGUUAAUCAAUUGUCUGCACACACUCAGUCCGUGACAACGCUGAGCUGUCUGCCGAGUGAGCCUCUAUUCAUCUCCACAUCCCCGGACAACUCUAUUAAGAUGUGGAUCUUCGAUUUACCCGAUGGAGGGCCUCGUUUGCUGCGCUUCCGCGAGGGACACGCUGCUCCGCCUCUCUGCAUUCGCUUCCACGGGGCCAAAGGAGGCAACAUUCUGUCUGCUGGUGAGGAUUCCUCACUCAGAGUGUUCAACACCGUCACUGAGAAGGUCAACAGAUCCAUGGGACGCGCGAGUUACAAUAGAAAAGCCGCCAAGCGAAAUCGCAAGUACGAGGAUGUUCAUCUCAUGCCGCCGAUUGUGCAGUUCACGAGUGAAGUGACGCGAGAAAAGGAGUGGGACAGCAUUGCUGCCAUCCACACUGGCCUGGAUCUCGUGACAACGUGGUCGUACUAUGGCAGCAAGAUGGGAGACUUGAAGCUAAAGCCUAAGGCUACGGAUGAGAAGCACAGACAGAAGCUCCUCCAGGUUGAGGCCACGUGCAUCUGCCUCACCACUUGUGGCAAUUUCGUCAUUGUGGGCUACUCGUCAGGAGAUGUGCAGCGCUUCAACGUUCAGUCGGGCCUUCAUCGUGCCUCUUACGGUGCUCCAGCGCAUGAGGAUGCCGUGCGAGGAGUGGCUGUGGACGCUCUGAACCAGUAUGUGAUCUCUGGCGGCAGUGACGGAUCGGUGAAGUUCUGGAACUUCAAGUCAAACGUGACCACGUCAAUUGGGCGGAUUCGCAUGGAAGAUGGCCUGACAAUGUUCAGAGCGCAUCGUGAGAGUGGAAUGUUGUGCAUCGCCCUGGAGAACUACACGCUAAACGUCUUGGAUUGCGACACGAAAGUUGUGGUGCGGAAGUUUGUGGGUCACAAAGCGCCAAUCACGGACGUCUGCUUCAGUCCGGACAGCAGAUGGCUGAUCUCUGCCUCCCUGGACGCCACGGUGAAGGUGUGGGACAUUCCUUCGGCCUACAUGAUCGACCACUUCAAGCUGGAUGUGCCUUGCGUGUCCCUCAGCAUGUCUCCCACGGGAGAUUUCCUCGCCACGGCGCACAUUGACCACUUGGGCGUCUUCCUGUGGGCCAACAAAGCCCUCUUCGAUCACAUCUCCCUGCGAGCGCUGAAUCCCACGUCGGAAGCGCCUCUGGUGGAUCUGCCGGCGUCGGUGGAGGGCGCAGAUGUGGCGCAAUUGGACGAGGAGUUUGCAAAAGCUCUGGACUUUGGCGAGGAAAUCUCGAUAACCUACGAAACACCUCAGCAACUAGAUUCAGACCUGAUCACGAUGUCUGCCGCCACGAGUAGUCGCUGGCAGAACAUUUUCCAUCUGGACUUGCUGAAGAAGCGCGCAAAGCCGAGAAAUCCUGUGACAACUGAGAAGCACGCUCCGUUCUUCCUGCCCACAAUUCCUGGACUAGAGUUUAAAUUCGAUCUCAGCCAGGCGCAAAGUCAAAAGGAGGCGUCAAAGGUGAUAAUUCCCAAGAAUUUCAACAACUUCACUGACUUCGGCAAGAUUCUCAACGACACUGUCUCCGGAGGAAGUGUCCAGCCGGCGAUUGAUCACAUAACCAAGCUGGGACCCUCGAUGGUGGACUUCGAGAUAAAAUCCCUCUCUCCAGACGCCGCAGGAUCGAUUGAACUCAUGGAACAGUUCCUCCUCAUGGUUCUCGACAUGCUGCAAUCGAAUGCGAACUUUGAACUGGCGCAAACCUAUCUGGCCGUCUUCCUGCGCGAGCACGGCGACACAGUGACCCGCACGGACUCCCUGCGCGCCCUGCUGGACUCCCUGGCGGAGGCACAAGAGCGCGGCUGGAGGAAACUCGAGCAGAAGCUGCUCUACGGCCUGGGAGUGGUGGGAAUGCUGAGAAAUUACGCAUCUCUGUAGGAAAAAGAAUCACUUCAAUAUAUUUCAGCGCGCAGAA